AAACUUGAAGAACAUUCUACACAUCUUGAACCGUGAAUUCCAAAGAUAUUUUGGGAUGCUGAUUGAUAUUUAGCAAUUUGCAUGGACCCACUUCAUCAAACCGACAUUGAAACCAUUGGUUGUGUUCUAUAUAAACCACCUUCCUCCGCCACCGUCUACCGCCGCAUGAAUUUUACAGCGAAGGGGAGAGUAAUCAAACCGACAUAGAAACCAUCCUUGUUUGUGAUUUGGGAAUUGAAGAAAUUAGACGGAGAUGGAGUCCAGUCAAGAGUCUUCCUCAUAUUAUAGUAUUCUUGGCGUUUCUAUGGAUUCCUCCGAUGAUCAGAUCCGCCGUGCUUAUCGUAAGCUUGCUAUGCAAUGGCAUCCUGAUAAGUGGACGAAGAAUCCUUCGCUUCUGGGAAAAGCUAAACGUAAAUUUCAACAAAUUCAAGAAGCCUAUUCAGUGUUAUCAGAUCAAAAAAAGAGAUGGAUGUACAAUAUUGGAUUGUAUGAUCCUCAAGAUGAAGAAGAUGAGGGUUUUGCUGAUUUCCUGCAAGAAAUGUCGUCUUUAAUGGAAAACGACAAGAAAGAGGAAAAAGAAUACAGUUUUGGGGAAAUACAGACCAUGUUUUGGGAAAUGGCUCAGAGUUUCAAUCAUUCGAUGGACGAAUACAAAGAACCGUCUUGGUGUCAAGAUAUCUUCACUUCGGAUGACGAACCCAGAAGUUCGAAGAAACGUCGAGCCGUUUUGGACCCACUUGCACAAUUCUCUGAACCAGAUUUCGGUAGGCAAGAGACGAAGUGCAUAUAGACCACUUUAGAGUUACCAUAUGAGCUCAAACCCAAGCUUUUAUCAAUGGUUGGUUAUGGCCAAUCAACUUUUGAAGAUGCUAAACUUGUGCACAGAAACGAAAAGGUCAUCAAACGGACGUCCGCAGAUAUGAUGAAAAGAUGGGUUUUGUUGUAAAGGUUGUGAUGAUGUAGAAACUCAUCAUUUUAGGAAAUUUCUUGAAUUUGGAAUCAACGUUUCGUCGAGUUCUUUUC